UCAUCGCCGCCGGCUGCCGACCGCUGUCCACCUUAUACUAUUGUACUCCCCUUUCCAGAUACUUCUAUACUCUGCCUUCUUCUUCUCUUUUUGCUUCAUCGACGUCGUGCUGUUUUUUGGGUGUUGGUGAUGAGCUCCCUUACUUCUUCCAUGGCAGAUCUAUGAUACCCAUCUUUCUCUUCAAGCAUUUGAAAUUUUAGGAGCUACAAAAAGAGCGGGAAAUUGGCUAAAGCCAAUUUACCAAAAUCCAUUUGGCGCCAAAAGAGAGAGAACAAACCAUAAACCGUAGACGAAAACACAAAGAGAGACACCAAUCCAAAAAAGAAGCAAAAGCAUUCAUUCAUUCAUGCAGUCCAGGAUCAGCUCCUUCUUCAAACCCUCUGUUUCUAUUGCACCCAAAUCUCCGGUUUUUGACGGCGAUGGCGACGACGAGUUGACGACCUGGGAGAAGAAAGAACAUCCCAUCUUCAAUACCUACUCGCGUAGAGCUCCAAACCCAGAUAGAAGUGAAGUUGUCAAUUUAGGGACAGUAAGAGAAACGAUGCAGAAACCCAUUUGGGAUUAUUCGUGUUUAAAGCCGAAAUCAACUAUAUCUGUAAGACCAAUUAACAAGAACAAGAAGAGAAGCUAUGCGCAGUUCCAUUUAGAGUUGGGGCAGUCUGAUUUUACCCUACGCACAUGUUCCACGUGUGGGGUCAAGUACGCUCCUGGGGAGGAAGAGGAUGAGAAGGCUCACAAGGCAUUUCACAAGGUCUAUACCCAUGGUAUUCCAUUUAAGGGUUGGUGCAAUGAAAGGGUGAUUCAUAUGCCUUAUACUGAAGGGGGUCGAAUUGUUUUGGUGUUAGAUUGUGACCCUCCUGCGCAUAGGAACAAGGUUGAGGAAGUGGUAAAGAUGAUGGAGACUGAGCUUGGAAGUGGAUGGAUUUACCAUAAGAGCUGUAAGGUGUAUAUGUUUAUUUCCUCCCAAAGGAUUGUAGGAUGCCUACUUGCAGAACCGAUAAAAAAAGCAUUCAAAAUUCUCUCAUGCUUAGUGGAUGGGGCAUCUGAUGGUACUACUAUAAAGGAAGCAGCAAGACCAAACUCGACCACUCUCCAAUUUGGCGAUGUUAGUUUUAAAAGGGAAGUCAAGGAAAAAGCCCCCUCUCUUGAUUGUUCUGAGGUCUUGGAUAGGAAUCUCAAUGGAGCAAUCAUUUGCGAAAACGAAGCUGUACCUGCUGCUUGUGGAAUUAGAGCCAUUUGGGUCACUCCCUCUAACAGAAGAAAACACAUAGCCAGCCAAUUACUAGAUGCUGUGAGGAAGAGUUUCUGCAUAGGUUUUGUCCUUGAACGAUCUCAACUGGCAUUCUCUCAGCCAACCUCAGCUGGAAAGGUGUUGGCAUCUAAUUAUGUAGGCACUGGUUCUUUCUUGGUGUACAAAAGUAACAAUCUGGACCACGUAGAAGGAUAAUAAAAAAGUUAUAGACUUAGCUCCAUCACUUUGACCAUUUUGUGAAUUGAUUUUUCAUUUGCAUUCUAAGUUGAUAGAAACAGUUACUAUUUGAAACGAAAUUAUUCUCUCUAUUGUGGAAAUCAUGGGGACCUACAGAAAGUAGAUUAAUUCUCUAUGUUUUAGAAAUAACAAUUAUCAGUUGGCUGUUGUCCAAAUUACCAACGAUGAGUCUAUAAAGAGUUGUUUCUCGGGUGUUUGAAGUAAAUUUUU